UUUUGCAAGCCGAGAAAAAGACUCUCAAAGUCAAGGCGUCUCUUCCUUGGCCUUCUCUAUACCAAAUCGGUUCCUUUUGUCACUGCAUCCAAUAUAUAGCCAUUGUUGAUGCUUGAAGCUUCACAAAACCCUAGUACGUAGAUGCUGAGAUCCACUUUCCUCCCCUUCUUCAUCUCAUCUCCCUUUCCACCGGCUCAAGCCUUCGCCCUCAGGGCGUACCUUCCGCGUCCACCACCUGUUUGUAAAUAUUCCUCCUCGGCCCAGUCCCCACCCCCGCCCCCGCCCACCUCCGCCUACGUCCACCUCCCUUUCUGCCGCAAGCGGUGCCACUACUGCGACUUCCCGAUCAUCGCUCUCGGUUCCUCCACGCCGCACCGCCCGGACACCGACCCCAGAAUCUCGAACUACGUGCAGCUCCUCCUCCGCGAGAUUGCGGCGACCAGAGCCUGGUCCGACGACUGCUCGCCCCUCGAGACCGUGUUCUUCGGCGGUGGCACGCCGUCGCUAGUCCCUCCGGGCUUCGUCUCGUCCAUCCUCGACGCGCUGAAGUCGAGAUUUGGCAUGUGCGAUAGCCCGGAGGUGUCGAUUGAAAUGGACCCUGGAACGUUUGAUAAGGAAAAGAUGGAACGGCUGCUUGAGCUGGGAGUGAACCGGGUGUCGCUCGGUGUUCAGGCGUUCCAGGAGGAGCUGCUGAGGGCUUGCGGGAGAGCCCACGGCUUGAAGGAUGUCUAUGAAGCCAUUGAGAUUGUCACCGACUGCAGUGAGCUGCAGAAUUGGAGCAUGGACCUCAUCUCGUCCUUGCCCCAUCAGUCCCAAGAAAUGUGGGAAGAGAGCUUGCGCUGUGCCAUCAGUGCUCGUCCUACGCAUGUCUCCGUUUACGACCUGCAGGUUGAGCAAGGCACCAAGUUUGGUCAUUUGUAUACUCCAGGAGAAUUUCCUCUACCAACAGAGAUGCAGUCGGCAGAUUUUUACAGGACUGCUUCACGGAUGCUUUCUGGGGCAGGUUAUAGCCACUAUGAGAUCAGUAGCUACUGCAAGGAUCGGUAUGAGUGCAAGCACAAUCUCACCUACUGGCUGAACAGAUCUUUCUAUGGAUUUGGCCUUGGAUCUGCAAGCUACAUCAAUGGCGUGAGGUUUUCAAGGCCAAGAAGAUUGAAGGAGUACGAGGAAUGGGUGCAGAAGUUGGAAGAUGGAUUGGUAGUGCUUCAUGAGGACAUCAGUGUCGACACAAAGGACAUGGCAAUGGAUGUUGUGAUGCUGUCCUUGAGAACGGCAAAAGGUCUUGACCUGAGGGGCUUUGCAAAAUGCUUUGGGAAGAGCCUGGCACGCUCUUUGUGCCAAGCCUUGAGACAGUAUGUAGAGAGUGGGCAUGUGGUUGUCAUGGAUGAUGAUAGAAAUAUGUUGUCUUACCCUGAGUUUGAGUUGAAGAUGAGUGAGGAUAAUGAUGAAAUGGGUAAUGGAGUUGCAUCCAUUCGGCUUAGUGAUCCAGAUGGUUUCCUCCUGUCUAAUGAGUUGAUAUCCAUUGCAUUUGGAAUUAUAUCUCCAUAAUAUCCUGUGAGACUUUCGAAACUCAUCUGUUGUUUACGGCAAUGUUUUAAUCAUGUCCAAAUCUAUCAAUUGAAAUAUAAUUUUUCCCGCAUUGUUUAACCAGAA